UCCCCACCCCCUCCUCACUCUCUCUCAUUCCUGUGAGACAAGACCCAAGGAGCGGAACCCUAUCUUGGUCGAACCGCUUCAACCAUUUCAAUUGCAAAAAACAAGCAUCAUCAGUGGUUUUAUUUUGCUGCUAAUAGCAGAAUUGUUUAUUAUUAUUAUUCUUUUCACAUACUAACUGAGAAAACUCGGCAGCAAAGUUCGGCUCAGUGGGCGGAAAGGAGUCACACUGGAAAAGAAAAGACGCAGGUACAAUGGAUCUCGUGUUGUUGGUGGCAUUCAUCUCCUGGUUUUCUCCAGCACUGGCUUCAGCAGCAGAUCACGACAGAGACUACGACAGUGCUUUUCAUUAUGAUUAUGAAUCGCUGAGAAUCGGUGGCCUGGUUUUCGCAGUGGUCCUGUUCAUCUUGGGUAUUGUCCUCAUUGUCAGCCGGAAAUGUUCCUGUAACAAGUCGCGGAAACCCCAAGCAGAACAUGGAGUUCAAAGGGCCUAGUGGACACAAACAGCAACAAACAGUGAACAUUCGCGUCACUGGCUGAUGCCACUAGAUGGCAGCAAAUACCACGAGCACAGCUGAGGACAAUCUUUCCAUGAACACAUGAAGCUUUCAUCAUUUUUACAAAUGUUGCUAUGAAACAAUGAAAGUGUUUUUUUCUUGUUAGUGAUUUUCUUUGUAUCACCUGUAAGUGUUACUAGUUACAUGUAGCAACGUUAUUUUAGACUAGCAAUGGUGUGGUUAUCAUUCGUAUUUGUGUGACUGAAGCUAAGACAAUAAAUCAUGUUUGAAAAUCUUGAA